CGAGAGACCGAGACCGAGAGAGAAGCACGAUGUCUGAAUUCAGAGGGAUCAUGAUGUCUUCAUUCCUGAUGCUGCUGCUCCACUUUCCAGUUCUCAGAAGAAAAACACUGGAGGUGAAAUGAGGAACCAGAAAACAUCUUCCUGUUCAACUUCCCUUCUUCUGUGGCUUAUCUGCUGUUAUCAUCGGUACUGAGUUCUAGUUAAAGAAGCAGCCGGGGAGAGACUCUGACAGUCGAGAGCCAGAGACCGAGAGAGAAGCACGAUGUCUGAAUUCAGAAGGAUCAUGAUGUCUUCAUUCCUGAUGCUGCUGCUCCACUUUCCAGCUGCAGAUCUGAAACGUUACAUUGUCAGAGCUGGAGAUGAAGUCACUUUGCCUUUUGACUAUGUGAUACAUGAUCAGGAUAAAUGUGAGAGUGCUACCUGGCGCUUCAGUGAUUCAAGAGGUCCAGCAGUGACGCUGUUUGAAGACAGGCAGAUUCACAAAGCUAACUCAGACAGACUGAGAGUUACAGAGAAUUGUUCUCUGGUUAUAAAGAAGGUCACAGAGGAGGAUGCUGGUCGUUACCUCUGCAGCCAGUUCAGAUCAGACUCUUGGGUUGAUCUGUCUGUUGUUACCAUGACUGAACAUCACGACAAUGAUGAGGUGACGUUACGCUGCUCUGUGGAGACAUUUGUAGGGUGUGAUCACCCAGUGAAGUGGCUGCUUCAGGGUCAAGAUGUGGUUAAAUAUCAAAGAGAGAUAAAGACAUCACAGUCUCCCUGCUCUGCCUCUGUGACAUUUCUGACUUCUCUCUUUAGUUACACAACAAGGUCUGAGUUGUUUUCUUGUGAUGUAACUAAUGGUUUCACAGGAGAAGUUCAUCUGUUUCCCUUCAGCGCUCAGUCCUCAGGAGAUGCUACAACAACUGGAACAGCAGGUCUCUUGAGGCUCAUCCUGGUGUCUUUGGGGUUAGCAGCUCUCAUCGUCACCGUGGUUACGGUCCACAUCUGGACCAGAGCUAAAGGGGGCAAAAAACGGAUGAGAAAAAACCUGACAGGAGCAGAAUGAUGAAGAUGAAGAUGAGGUGAACUAUGAAAACGAUGGAGGGGCUUCUGCCUCUGUGUGACUGAUCAACAACAUCAACUCCCCUCAGAGUCCAUGCUGUCAAACAUCACCUCCUCAUAUGUUACAGGAGAAAACAGGAGAACCAUGAGAUCAUUGGAACAUUUCUGAUGCCUGAGAACACCUGAGCCCCACGAGAGGCCCUUCAGAAACUCACCUCCAUGUGAUAGGAGACACAGCUUAUUGUAUUCAUUCCUUUCUGACUGAACGUCCUUUAAGUGUGCUCUCACAUUCCCAUACAUAGUUAUACUGGAUCUGAUCUAUAGUCUACAGUCUCUGGAUAACAUCUCUAUAUUAGCAGUACUUGUACUCACACCUUAUACCUUCACUUCUCACUGUAACUGCUGCACAUGUUCAAACAUACGAGUGUUGGGUUGAAUUCAUAAAAUAUCUAAAUUGUAAAAUGGUCCAUAAAAUGUUUUUCUUAAUUGUGAUCUCUAGAGAAAAUCAUUCACCCUAGUGUCGAUUUAAUAACUUUAAUAAUGCUUUUAUCUCGUUUUUCAAUUAAUGAUUCAUAUAAUCCUCACACAUACCAAAUCAUCACAUCACCCCAGUCCUCAAAGACCUCCACUGGCUUCCUGUCUCCCAUCGCAUCAACUACAAAAUUCUGGUCCUCACCUACAAAGCACUCCACCAUCUGGCCCCCCCUUAUCUCACAAACCUUCUCACUCCUUAUCAAC